AAAAAUAUGUCCUCAAAUGAUCUGGCAAUUCUCAGUGCAUUAGAUACAGCAAGAACUCAAUGGUAUCAUGUCACUGCCAUUGUUAUCGCCGGAAUGGGAUUUUUCACCGAUGCAUACGAUCUUUUCUGCAUUUCCAAUGUCUCAAAACUCCUCGGCCGUCUUUACUACUAUGACCCCACCACAGGAGAGCCCGGUAAGCUCCCGACGAACGUCAAUAACAUGGUGACCGGUGUUGCUCUAGUCGGAACCUUCAUCGGGCAAUUAGUAUUCGGAUAUCUUGGAGACAAGCUUGGCCGGAAAAAGGUGUACGGGAUCACACUUAUUAUGAUGGUCGUUUGUGCCUUUUUCUCGGGAAUAUCGUUCGGACAUAGUGCAAAAUCUGUAAUAGGUUGUCUUUGUUUCUUCAGAUUUUGGUUAGGGAUUGGUAUCGGUGGAGAUUAUCCGCUUUCUGCUACAAUUAUGUGCGAGUAUGCUAAUAAGAAAACACGUGGAGCUUUUAUAGCAGCUGUUUUUGCCAUGCAAGGCGUAGGAAUAAUUUUUGCUUGUUUAGUCUCUAUUAUUCUUUCGAAACUUUUUCUUAAUGGUUACGACGCUGUGCCAUUCAAUCAAGAGCCGAUCCUUUCGACGCAGCCGCAGGCAGAUUUUCUUUGGAGACUUGUGCUGAUGAUCGGAGCUUUCCCGGCGGCUUUAACAUAUUAUUGGCGCAUGAAAAUGCCUGAAACUGCUCGAUAUACGGCUCUUGUUCAAGGAAACUCUAAACAAGCUGCGAUCGACAUGAAAAAGGUUCUCGACAUUGAAAUCGAAGAAGAACAUGUAAAAGUCACGCAAUUUAGAGAUGCUAAUGACUACCCUUUACUGUCUAACGAGUUUUACAAACGACAUGGACUUCAUUUGAUCGGUACGAUGAGCUCAUGGUUUUUGUUAGACAUAGCUUUCUACAGUCAAAGCCUAACUCAAAACGACAUGUUCCAAGCUAUUGGUUUAAUCAAACCAGCUGAGGAAGUUAAUGCCAUAGAACAAGUGUAUGAAAACUCACGCGCCAUGUUUGUCGUGGCGUUGAUCGGUACAUUUCCCGGUUACUGGUUCACGGUGGCUUUCAUCGAAACUCUCGGCCGGUUCACAAUUCAACUCAUCGGGUUCUUCAUGAUGUCUGUGUUUAUGUUAGUUAUGGCUUUGGAAUAUGACUAUCUUGUAGACCGUAACAAAGGCUUAUUUGCACUAUUUUAUGGUCUAACCUUCUUCUUCGCAAACUUCGGACCGAAUAGCACAACCUUUGUUCUGCCGGCGGAGUUGUUUCCGACUAGGUUAAGAUCCACGUGUCAUGCAUUGAGCGCAGCAGCAGGAAAGGCUGGAGCUAUGAUUGGGGCAUUUGUGGUUCAAUCAUAUACGUUAGAUGAUAAGAAUGUGUCAAAAAUAAAGCAUGCGUUGAUGGUUUUAGCUUUCACAAAUAUGUUAGGGUUUUGUUGUACUUUCUUGCUUAGAGAGACUAAAGGACUGUCUUUGGAAGAGAUAUCAGGUGAAGAUGGUGGCGAAUAUGAGAGACGUUGCAAGUCCGGUGAACCUCCGAACAGUAGAUGGAAACGGUAUACGGGUUAAUUCAAUUGCUUCCUAGCAUAAAAAGUAUAGGUGUGUAGUUUAAUAGAAUGAGCAAUGGACUACUAGUUUUUUUUUUUCCAAAGGCUAAUAUAGACUACUAGUUAUUGGUUAAGUGAUAUUGGCAAAUUUAUGUUAAUCGUAAAAUAUGCCAUAUGCGGAUAAAUUUUGAGAAUAAUAGUGA